AUGAGCAAAACGAUAUCUAUCAGCUCUUCGGAGCAGCUCGGCACAGUAUUGCAGUCGACCCCGAUCGUCAUCGCCAACAGUAAGCCGCCCGCCGCUGUCACCCCGCCAGAACCGCUCUUGGUUGUGUACCGCGCUGGCCAGCGACCACCACCAACCAUGCAAUUCUCCAAAAUAUACGAAUCCCUCUCCAACUCUCUUUCGCGCGCCGGCAAGAUCUCGUUUGUCAAGAUCGACUUUGAAGAAAAUGGCGAGCUCGUCCAGAGCCACGGCGUCACCAAGCCCCCCGGCUUCCUCAUCUUCCGCGACGGCAGGCUCAAGGAUAGGACCCUCGGCACAAACCCCCUUGAGCUGAGAAAAUUUGCUGAAAAGAUUGCCGAGGAGAGCAUAGCGCUCGAGGAAUCGUCUGGCAACGCUGCCACGUCUGGCUGGAGGGGAGCACCGCUGCCUCGUGGGUACAACGACGUCACGGAUCAGGUUGAAAUCAGAGACUGCGAGGUCCUGAAUGCCGAUGACGAGGCCGGCACUGUCCGCACUCUGUUUGAUACUCACGAGCCCAGCACCCUUCAAAAAGGCAAAGACACGGCCAGCGCAGACACCAAGGACUGGGUGCAGAGCGGUUCGGAUGACCAACUACUUCUCUAUAUCCCCUUUCAAUCUACCAUUAAGCUGCAUACAAUCCAGUUGACCUCAUUGCCCUCGGCCGAUGAUGAGGGUGAGGUUUCGAGACCCCACGUUGUUCACCUGUUUAUCAACCGCCCUCAGAACAUGGACUUCGCCGAAGCCGACGACACUGAACCGACUCAGGUCAUCAACCUCAGCCCCAGCGACUGGAAUGACCAAGGUACUGUCAACAUCCCCUUGCGCUUUGUCAAGUUCCAAAAGACCUCGACCGUCAUUAUAUACGUGCAACAGGGCGAUGGGGAGGCAGAGGCUGUUCGCUUGGACAGGGUCAAGCUGAUCGGCGAGCCUGGCGCCAAACGGGAAAUGGGCAACCUGCAGAAGGCUGGGGACGACGAGUGA